AUGGCCUUGAGGCCGAGGCUGCCAACAUCGAUACUAUUCAGCGCCUCAUCAUCGCUGGUCACGCGACCUCUACCUCGCGCCGCCAUCGCCAGAUUCGCCUCCUCCGGCUCCAAGCAGCCCAGUCCGCAAGACCAGCCGAAGGACUCCAAAGCCCCACAAUCCGAACAAUCGAAAAAGAGAAAGACCCAGGCCGAGCUCGACGAGGAACUGCGGUUAAAGAUGUUAGAUCUAGCAGGCGAUGGAGGGGAAUCUGGCAUUGAAUACGAGGAUGGCCAGCCCGUGGCGAUGAAGAGAAGUGUCAAGAACAACAUGUUCCGGUACAUAUGA